AGUGCCUUGGUCGCGUUCAUUAUGUUUAAGAUUGUUAUAUUUUGUAUAAGUUUGUAUGGUGCUUCCGCCUAUUUCACUUUACCAGACAAAUGUCCAGAAAAUGUUAAUUUGCAAGAAUAUUUUAGACUUCAAGAUUUUUACGAUACCUGGUACCAAGCCUAUCAUUUCGCGAGUGACGGACAACAGAAGAACAACUGUUCUACGUUAAAGUUACUCAACACACCCACAGGAAUCUACCUCAACCAGUCCAGGGUAGACCGGGGUUUAUUUCACAGAUACAGUUUAGGGAAACUGGAGAUACCUAGUGACAUAGAGAAGGGAUCGAAUUUGGACAUCACAUUCACUUAUCAGAAUGCUCCUAGAAGAAUAAAGAAUAGAAGAUAUCCAUUCCAUAUUCUGGCCACUAACUACCACCAUUACGCCACUGUGUACACGUGUCAAUACAGCCCACUCAUCAACAAACAUUUCAUAUACGUAUGGAUAUUAUCAAGGACACCAUCACUGAACGAGGUUUCCAAGACAUUGGCCAUCAAGCCAUUGAGUCAGAUUGGUGUAGACCCAGAGACGUUGGUAAAAGAUGACAACUCUAACUGCGCACCGAAGUAUUAUUCCGAUGAGGAGACUGAACCCAUGACAUUUAGAUACCCUGUACCCAUUUAAAUGGGUGUAAUACAUGUAUUUGUUAUA